ACUUGGUCAGUGUAAACAAAUUGCAUUGGGUCAUGGUCAGUUUUGUGCUUGUCUGAUUGGCAGAAAGGAAAGGUUAAACUGGGUCAAUUGGACUUGGAGGGAGCCCUGAUUGCCAGAGAUCGAGUUGGCAUUCAGGACUUUGUGCUUCUUGAUGCCCACAACAGUGAGUCAGCCUUCCUGGACAAUCUGAAGAAGCGUUUCACAGAGGAUUUGAUAUAUACUUACAUUGGUACUUUGCUGAUAUCUGUAAACCCAUACAAAGAAUUGGACAUCUACACCAAGAAACAAAUGGACCUCUACAUGGGAGUGAACUUUUUUGAGCUGCCCCCUCAUAUAUAUGCAUUAGCAGAUAAUGUCUACCACACCAUGCUAUCAGAAGCCAACAACCACUUUAUUUUGAUAUCUGGGGAGAGUGGAGCAGGUAAAACUGAGGCCUCCAAGAAGAUCUUGCAGUACUACGCGGUCAGCUGCCCUAGUUCCACCUUACUGGACACUGUGAGAGACCGCAUGCUCAUGUCCAACCCUGUACUAGAGGCCUUUGGAAACUCAAAAACAAUGAAAAAUGAUAACUCCAGCCGUUUUGGGAAGUAUAUGGACAUCCAGUUUGAUUGUCAGGGAGAUGCUGUUGGUGGCCACAUCCUCAGCUAUUUGCUGGAAAAGUCGAGAGUGGUUCACCAAAACCAUGGUGAGAGAAACUUUCAUAUUUUCUACCAGCUGGUGGAGGGAGGAGAGGAAGAUCUACUGAGGCACCUGGGCUUGGAGAAAGACACUAAACAUUAUAGUUAUUUAGUGCAGGGAGAAUGUUCUAAUGUGAGCUCCAUUAAUGACAAGAAUGACUGGAAAACUGUUAAAAACGCAUUAUCGCGUUAUGAUGGGGAUGUCAGUGAUUUGGGUCUCACUUUGUCUUAUGAUGAAGAGGUGAUGGGGCAGUUAGUCUGUCAUGAGCUAAUUCCUGGUGGAAAGACCAUGCCUGUCACUAAUGAAAACAAGAUCAGCUAUAUCCACCUGAUGGCCCACUUUCGCAUGCACACCCAGAUCAAGGAGCAGACGGCCGCAUUCAUCAGGGGCUUCCGCAGCAUCAUCAACCCAGAGUGGCUUCACAUGUUCUCCACCCCUGAGGUCCAGAGGCUCAUCUCUGGAGACAACGCUGAGAUAGACCUGGAUGAUCUCAAGAAGCACACGGUGUACUACGGAGGUUUCCAUAGCAGCCACAGAGUCAUUCUUUGGCUGUGGGACAUUCUCUCAAGUGACUUUUCCCCUGAGGAGAGAGCCAUGUUCUUGAAGUUUGUCACCAGCUGCUCAAGACCUCCUCUGCUUGGAUUUGCCUACCUCAAACCUCCUUUCUCCAUCCGUUGUGUAGAAGUGUCAGAUGAUCAGGACACAGGCGACACUUUAGGUAGCGUUCUGCGCGGCUUUUUUACCAUUCGUAAGAAGGAGCCAGGCGGUCGCCUCCCUACAUCCUCCACUUGUUUCAACCUGCUCAAGCUGCCCAACUACAGCAAGAAGAGCAUCCUCAGAGACAAACUCCGCUACGCAAUCAGCAUGAACACUGGCUUUGAGCUUUCAUAACACAACAAGUUUAUUCUACCCAUACAAACUCAUACAUCUACAAAUACAAAAACUGGCAGUGGCUGAGCUAAAGUGGCCUCACAAAGGUUGAAGUUGGAAACAUAAUGAUUUCAAUCUUGAUUCGUUGACAUUUUGGCCUUCAGCCAAGGCCCCUAAACUUGAGUUGCUCAAGGAGAAUUUUGUUCAUCAGUCUUAUCUACCAAAUGUGAAUGUGCAAGUGAAUGAAGCAACAUACAAACAUGUCCAUUCAGACUUAGAGACUUGAAGAAGAUCAACCAUAGAAGUAUAUUAAAAAGUCUUGAACAUUACCUACAGAGUUGUUUUUUGAACCACUUAAAGAUCCAUAUUUAGUGUCAUGUUCUUCAUUCCCAGCAUUUGAAGCCAAGAGAGCUCCAAACGCCUUAUACGAUCAGUUUUAAACCAGCUCAAUUUAAUGUUGUCAAGUCCCUAAUACAUCAACUUCAUUUGAAAAACUAAAUCGGGGGCUUAGUCUUUAUUGGCUUCUAAGCACUGCGUCCAUUCGUUGACAAACACUCCUAAACCUCAUCUUAAAGUUACAGAAGAUACAGCGGUGGAUAUACAGAUCUGCAGAAACAGUUUAGCAUUGUCUCUCAGGUCUCCGUGUCUCACUUCUCCAGGAAGGGAACAGGAAAGCAAUACUAAUGCACUGCAAGCCAUACAACUCAAGACACAAAUGAAGCUUUUGCCUGUUUGGUAGGCAAAUGCUUUCAAGCCCAUAGCUGAAGCUAAACUGGACUUGAGGAUCGUGCUUUAAGAGGAAACCCAGCACUGUUGAUCGACUUCAGCAUGUCAGAGCCAGCGGUAUGUCAGAUAAGAGAUGUCCCUUCAGAGAUACACCUCUCCUUUCCUGCUUUCUCUUCACAUACACUACAGAGAGCCCUUUCCAGAAUCUGCCUCACGUCAUAGUGACAUUUCUUUUUACUCAUGAUAUUAUACUCAUUCAUGCUUUUCAGCCCUAACCCUGUCUUCAUGUCAAACUCAUCUAUUCAUUAAGAUCAAUUCCUUGUCUUGGAGUGUUUUAAUUGAUGAAGGAAGUGUUAGGAAUUCUUUACUCAGCCAUUACAUUACAAACCACUUUCCCUGUCAUCUCCCACUAACUCUUUGCUCAUCAUUGAGGUGUAUACUACUGGAAUUAAGCCAUACAGUAAAGAUGACCAGCUAUCAAACCAGCUCUCGAAGGGACUUUUGUUCUUAAAGGGAGAGUGUUGCAGUAACUUCCUAGAAAGGUCAGUGGGCUCAAUGGAAUCUCCUGAAAUGGUUUUCCAGUAGACAAAAAAAAUGUCAUGAUGUCAUUGGAUGAUUGAAAUGAUUCCAUGUCACAGAGGUCAUAGUGUGCUGUUGAUAUUGUAUUGUUUGUUCUUUUUCCUUUUUUUGUAUUAAUUUUUUUUAAGAAGGUUAAGGUUAAUCUGUUAAGAAAUUUUUGGGUUGCCCACCCCCCCCGCAAAAUUUUAAGAAAAAUAUGUUUUGCAAAACGGAAGUGAAGCCUGCUUUUAAGGUCGUUAAGAUUUUAAAUUGACCAUCAAGAAAACAUCAUGGUAGCAUUUAUUCAUGGUUGUUAUUUGAACUGAAAUUAUUAUUUUUAAUCAUUGUACCAGGCUGCAUUUUGUUAAUGCAAAAAAUGAUUUGUUACUUUGCUUUGAAUUUGGGGUGAAUUAUGUCCUGGACAUUUCUUCAUAAGAUUCACCCUUGGUUUCGGGUCUUUAAAAAACAUUAAUUGGCUGUAGUUAGAAUAGUCCACAAUAUUUAUUAUAUGCAAACCCUCUUUCCAUUUGUAUGCCGUAUAUGCAAAAUUAUAGAGGUAAACAUUGUCUGCCCAGCCUCCCCAGCUCCCCAUUAACCAAGGCAUGGAAGUAUCUUCUGAUGUAUAGAGUCCUUUGUAGAUGUGGAAAACUGGCUUUAAGCUCAUGUAACUUUUUUUUUUGUAUGCAUUGCUGUCAAUGUUAAGUUAUAAAUGUACUGUCCUAAUGCACAAGGGCUUAGGCUGAGUCCAAUAGCAGAGUUUUGUGUUUAAAUUAACAGACAUUAACAUGCUGUUCCCUUUGAAAGAUGUUCAAGUGCUCUGGUUGGUGUUGUGGAUGAGGAAUGUGUUUGGCAUAAUGCUGUAAAUGCAAAAAUAUGCUGUGUAUGAAACAGCUCAGCUGAAUUACAUGAUGUCACACAAUCUUGUUCUCUCUCUGAUAGGGAGGCAACAACCUUUAAAGUGUCUGGUCUCUAUUCCUUCACCUGAUGAUGAAGUGUCUUUUGAAUUUGGUUGCACUACGUGAACUGCAGGUUGUUAUAUACCCAGUACAUUACAAAGCAAUGGCAUUGUAAAGUUCUUCAUGUGUACAGUAAUAUUUCCUCUGUAAAAUGUAAACUUAAUUGUCGAACAAACGUACAUAUAUUUGAAUAUCCAAAUCUAAAAACUUUACUAAACAACCAAGAA